ACAUUUUUUGUAUACAGGACCUCAACAGUUGAACCAGAGCAUUGAGCUGAUCCAUGUAGUUAGAUUAGACGAAGCGUGUUUCGUGUGGGUGUGGUGGACUUGCUGAUCAAACACCGUAGACUUCAAAAUAUAUCAGAAGCAAACAGCAGUGCCAGAGUGGAUGGGAACGAGAAAGAAAGAGCCAGCAUGAGCACUAUGGAGAAACAGACUCUGGCGUUCAGAGACAGGCUUCUGAAGAGCCCUCUGCUGAAGAAGGAGAAUCUCAACCCUAAGACAUGGCUCAACUCUGAGUCGGUGAAAAGCUUCACAGAUUUGGUCCUGCAGAGAGACACCACUGAGCCUGACACCAGUUAUGACAAUGCGGUGAUGCUUUUGGAGUCUGAGAAGGAGUACAUUGAGGCAGCUAAGAGAAAUGAUAUUGAGUUCAUGAAACUCAAUGGAAGAGGUGUAAACGUCAACGCCAAGAAUGUACACUACCGAACUGCGCUUCACUAUGCCGUGGCCUUCCGCAAUGUGGAGGCUGUCGAGAUCAUCCUGAGAAGACGAGCGAAGCUUGACUUACAGGACAGGCAUGGGAUUACUGGCAUGCACUUGGCCGCCUGGUUCGGCAGUCUGGACAUCCUGAAAUUACUGGUACAAGCAGGGGCUGAUCAGUCUGUGGAGACCAAGGAAGGGAUGAACAUGAUGCACUGCGCUGCCAUAAACAACCAUACGGACAUCAUGGGCUACAUCAUUGAUGAUCUGCAGAUGAAGGAGCUGGAUAAGAGAGAUCAGCAUGGGAACAGGCCUUUUGCGGUGGCUGCAGAGCAUGGCUGUGUGCGGAUGCUGGAGAUGUUAAUGGAGGAUCCCUACAACAUGGCCACCACAGAGGCCAAUGAGAAUGGAGACACGCCACUCCACUUGGCUGCAAAGAAUGGCCAGCUGGAAGCAGUGCAGCUGCUCCUUGACAACUUUGAAAGCCGUGAUGAAGUCAACAAGGCUGGGGAGACGGCGCUCUACCAGGCCGCAGACGGAGGCCAUGAGGAGUGUGUGGAGGCGUUGCUGGACGCGGGAUGUGACCUCAAUAUCACCUCCAAUGUCAAGAGCUCCCCUUUGCACCCAGUGUGUGAGAGAGGCUACACUUCACUGGCGAAGAUCCUCAUUGACAAUGGAGCUUGGACCAAUGCACAAAACCAGCACCUGCAGGCUCCCCUGCACCUGGCUGUGCACAACUCUCACAUCCCCGUUAUCCACACGCUACUGGAGGCUGGCUGUGACCCCAACAUCACUGAGCAGAUGGGACAGACUGCUCUCCACAUUGCAGCAGAGCUUGGCAAGGUGGACGUGGUGGAAAUGAUCUUGAAAGCCGACUUGGAUCUGGAGCUCAAGGACAGGCAAGGCAAGACUGCCCUGGCUGUGGCCGCCCGGGCAGAUGUUGUGAUCAUUGUAGACAUGAUAAUCAAAGCAGAAAGAUACUUCCACUGGAGAAGGACCAAUGCAGUGACGAAUGAGAUUCUUCACAAUGAAUUACCGCUGACGUUCAAAGUGGACCACCGAGCCGACACAAAGCAGAUCCGCGACACCAUGUGGAGACUGGCGUACAAGUGCUUCAAGCGCAACGAGUGGAAGAGGCUAGCAGAAUACUGGGGAUUCACCCAGCAGCAAAUGGCUGCCAUUGAGGAACAGUGGACAGGGCCCCAGAGCUACCAGGAACAUGGCAACAGGAUGCUUCUGAUCUGGCUCCAUGGGGUGAUUAGCACACAGAGGAGUGCUGCCAAAGAGCUGUACGAGGGACUUCUCUCCACAGGGAACAGAAAAGUCGCAGAGAAAAUGCGAAUGGAAGCAGAGAACAAUAUAAAGAAAUGCACUAUUUCCUGAUGCUGGACGAGGAAGGACUAUUUUGCACAGAGGACACCAGCUAAAUGAUUUCUGAGACUCUUGUCUGAUGUGUGCGGUGUUCUAUUACAUUUGCCAUUUUGCACAUUUUUUCAACAUAAUUGCUUUCUUAUAGGCUAAGGCUACAGUCACUUUGAACUCAGGCAAGGACUUUGUACCAGUUCAUACAGUAUAUCUGUUGAACAUCACAUCUCUCUAAAAAAGCAGCUAAUUCAUUGUUCAGUCAAAGCAUGGUGGCCGUCUUUGUCUGAAAACAUUCAGAUGUUUUAUUGUUGGUAUACGGACAGUGAAAAUACAAAUUUCAAGUAUGCGUCUUAACUUCAGACAUUAUCAUUACAAACAAGGAAAUGAUUGCACAACAACUCUAGGACAGGUCAUUAUUGUAGAAAACAUUAAAUUAAAAAAUAAAUAUUUCAAGUAUCUCAAAAACAUCAGUUUAACCUUAAAAGGCAUUUUAAAAAUGCAUGGCCAUAGUAUGGCUUUCAUCAAACCACUUUCUGCUUAACUCAUAGUUUUUCUCAAAAGGUUAAUUUAUUCAAUCUUAAACCAAUGAACAUAAUUCUAAAAGGCAGGGAUAGCAUCCUUGUGAAGAGAAAAAAUCCCAUUCGUCCUUCCAGUAAAAAAAUGCAGUGUGUACUUGCUUUCUUCACUGGCAUAGACUAAAACGUGUGUGUCUCUGUGUAUGUACUGGUGUUGUGAUACUGAAAAAAAUAAAACAUUUUUUUUUCUUG